GGUUAGUGGCUAUUCUAUGACACCACCCAUUCUCAGCAUCACAGAAGAGGAAUAUAUCAUCAAUGCUAAGGAGACCUUAAAUAUUACUUGCAGAGGACAACAUCCUUUGGAGUGGUUGUGGCCUGGCAUUCAAGAAGACACUGUCCAAAUGGGAAAGGAGAGCGACUCAAUGAUAAUGAGCAUCAGCGGCAUCCGAACAGUCAAGGAAGAAGAUUGUGAGGGCACUGAAACAAAGCCCUAUUGCAAGGCCUUGACACUGACUGGGACUCAGGCCAACGACACAGGUUACUACCGCUGUUACUACAAGUACAUCAAUGCCAAAAUAGAAGGCACCACUGCUGUCAGCACCUACGUGUUUGUGAGAGAUUUUGAACAACCAUUCAUUAAUAAACCGGAGACUCUUCUUAUCUACAAGAAGGAAAAUAUCUGUGUCCCAUGCCUGGUAUCCGUUCCAGAUCUUAACAUCACUUUGUUGUUGACAACUUCUGUCAUCUAUCCCGAUGGAAAGAACGUUCACUGGGACAACAAACGAGGAAUGCUGGUCCCCACUCUUCUGAUCAAGGAUUCCUGGUUUGUUCAGUGUGAAACUGUCAUUAAUAAGAAACCCUUCAAAUCUAGUUUCUUCAUUGUCCACAUUGCAGGAAAUGAGCUUUAUGAUAUUCAGUUGUUUCCAAGGAGGGCCAUGGAGCUAUUGGUGGGAGAAAAACUAGUUAUCAACUGCACAGUAUGGGCUGAAUUUAAUUCAGGAGUUGAUUUCCAGUGGGAUUACCCAACAAAACAGAUGAACCGGAAAGCCAUAGAACUGCCCGAGAGGCGGUCCCAACAGACCCAUACUGAACUCUCUAGCAUCUUGAUUAUCCAAAAUGUGAGCCAAGAGGACCUGGGAAAAUACACAUGCAAGGCUAGCAGUGGGGAGCAGAACUUGAAGGAGAGCAUAGAUGUCAUCGUGCAUGAGAAGCCAUUUAUCUACGUGGAAAGGAAAAAGGGCCCAGUGAUAGAAGCAACAGUGGGAGACGAAAUUGUGAAGCUACCAGUAAAAGUGGUUGCCUAUCCCCAGCCUGAGUUCCAGUGGUUUAAGGAUGGAAAGUUAAUUUCCAACAGGCAAUCUCAAUAUUCCCUCCAGAUCAAGGAUGUGGCAGAGCAAAACUCUGGCUCUUAUACACUGGUCCUGAAGAACGGGUUGGCUGGACUGGAGAAGAGCAUUAACCUUCAACUGGUAGUUAACGUUCCUCCACAAAUCCUUGAGAAAGAAGCCUCUUCACCAAACAUUUAUUCUCGUAAAAACCGGCAUGUACUUACCUGCACCGUCUACGGCAUUCCAGCUCCGGAAAAGAUACAAUGGCAGUGGAGGCCUUGGACACCUUGCCGAAUGUUUCCCCAGCACAGUCUACCAAGGGCUGUACAACGCCAUCAGAGGGACCGGAUGCCUGAGUGUAAGGACUGGAAGGAUGUGUCACAGAUGGAUGCUGUGAACCCCAUUGAAAGCAUUGACACCUGGACAGAGUUUGUGGAAGGAAGGAACAAGACCAUCAGCAACCUAAUCAUCCAAGAAGCCAAUGUUUCUGUCAUGUAUAAGUGUGUAGCCUCCAACAAAGUAGGUCGUGAUGAACGGUUGAUUUACUUUUAUGUAACAAAGUACAGUUUAGCCAUUGUAUUAACACAGCAG